AUGACUAACCUCUUGCUGGCGGCCUUGUUGCCAUUGGGGUCUCAGGCUCUGGUCGCCGUGCGCCCUGCCGCUGCCAUCGACACCUCGAUCGCUACCAUCACCUCGACCUAUGCGAGCACCAUCACCACUACCAGCGUCACAACAUUCCCCGUCACCACCGUUGCCACGACCUGUACUGUAAGCGGCAGCAAGCCGCCUACAUCCUCAUGCGCUAAUUCAGCGUGGACCGUGGGUUCCUACUACUGGCAGGAAUCCUGCAGCAGCGCCUCGGCCGUAGGUGGCAACGUUAACGCUGCGUUGAACCCAUAUACUCGCAUGGCCAAUAUCUGGGACUGCUAUGUCUACUGCUCCAUCUUCAAUGCCUUGUGCAACGGCGUCAACUAUUUCCCUUCGCAGAGUUCCUGUCAGUACCUCACCGGCACGGGCGGAUCCCUGCUCCACCACUAUUACUUCGGAUUCUACAUCGGAUAUUGUGGGGACUACGACUGUAGAUUAUACCACUACCUACACUAUUACAAUCUCUACCACUUCGUCACUGGCAUCGUCGACUCCUUCAUCGACCCCUACAUCAGUCGCUACAGUUUCUUCUUCGCCAGUUUCUUCUUCGCCAGUUUCUUCUUCGCCAGUUUCUUCUUCGCCGGUUUCUUCUUCGCCGGUUUCUUCUUCGCCGGUUUCUUCACCGCUGUCGUCGCCGAAGUCUUCAGCUUCAUCAUCGCGGGCCUCGAGCCCCGUAUCUUCUUCUUCGCCAAAUGUUUCGCCUUCUAG